AUGCAUCAGCCAGCAGGAUCCACACUGAUGGAGGAAAUUAUCUUCCUACCGGAGGAGGUGGAAAAGACCCUGGUGAGUUUAGAUAGGGGAAAAGCGGCGGGACCGGACAAAAUCCACUUGGCACUGCUUGGGCCUCUAGGGAGUAUCCUGGCAGCUCCGUUAGCUCGCCUCUUCAAUCUGUCCAUGGCGACAGCCACAUUGCCACAGGACUGGAAAGUAGCUAAGGUGCCCCCAUCCACAAAGGGGGCGACAGGGAGCUGGCCACUAACUAUCGACCCGUUAGCUUACUCUCCGUGA